GCUCACCGCAUGCUGCUCGGCCUCCGAGCGACUUUUCCUGCUCCACCAGCUUACUUAGAAGAACAGACGCAUUGGCUGUAAGCUCGGAAAUCCCACUGAUGAGGGAGCUCAGGCUGUUGUUCACCUGCACGCAGAGGUUCCGUCUCUGUCCGUCUCUAUACCUGAGCUCCGCUGACACAAGAGCCGCCAUCUUCCACGUCUGCUGUCGUCAUUACGAGGGGGGCAGCAUGUGUGAGGAGCAGACGGUGUCUCUGGUAGACGUUCUGGAGGAGGAUGAGGAGCUGGAGGAAGAGGCUUCAGCCGUACUGGCUGGAAGUGACUCGGAUCACUGCUCGUACCCGCUGGGCUACGUGAAGAGGCAGGCGCUGUAUGCCUGCAACACCUGCACGCCAAAGGGGGGUGAGGCUGCAGGGGUGUGCUUGGCCUGCUCCUACAAAUGUCACGAAGGCCACGAACUGUUCGAGCUGUACACCAAGAGGAACUUCCGCUGUGACUGUGGAAACAGGAAGUUCUCAGAUCUGCAGUGUAAACUUCAGCCUGAGAAGGAUGACAUCAACAGUCUAAAUAAGUACAGUCAUAACUUCUUUGGGGUGUACUGCACCUGCAGACGGCCGUACCCGGACCCGGAUGACCCGGUGGAGGAUGAGAUGAUUCAGUGUGUGGUGUGCGAGGACUGGCUACACAGCAGGCACCUGGGCUGUGUGGUUCCUGACUGCGUUGAGCUCCAAGAGAUGAUCUGUGAGGCCUGCAUGAAGAGAAGUCCUGUCCUGUGGGUGUAUGCAGCGCACCUGGCAGCUGCAGGUCCAGAAGAACCAAAAGAGGAGGGGCCUGGAGCUGAAGAGAUCACUGCUAAGUCGGAGAACCAUGAGAAGGAUGUUACAGAGCCCAGCUGUAAGCGAAGCCAUGAGGAGGCGGAGCCUAGCUGCCGGCUGAAGGAGCUGCAGGCAGGGGGGCAAAAAAGGGUUCAAUCAGGAGCCGUCUUUUGGCCGUCCGGGUGGCGCUCUAAGCUGUGUUCCUGUGCUUCCUGCCAGCUGAUGCUGUCUGAAGCCGGUCUGUCCUUCCUGCUGGACGAGGCGGACACCGUUCUGGAAUACGAGAACAAAGGGAAGACCAGAGAGCGUGAACAGCCGGGAACCGACCCUCUGAUGUCGGCGCUGGACAACCUGAGCCGCGUGCAGCAGUUGGAGAUCAUCCACGGGUACAAUGACAUGAAGACGGAUCUGAAGGACUUUCUCCAGAGGUUUGCAGCAGAAGGAAAGGUUGUGACAUCUGAAGAUAUCCGUCAGUUCUUCGAGCAACAAAGUAGUAAAAGACGCCGCAUGGACGCCGGCACCUUCUCCUGCUCCUGAUCACCAUUCCUUCUUGAAUGCACGUUUCUGUUGGUCCUCCAGCUGUUAGUGUUGAAUUUGUCAGACCUUUUCCCUGUGAAAAAAAAUAAAAGUUGCUUAGCAGGCAUCCUGUCAUCUUCA